AUGCCAGAUAAUACCGCACGGAAAGAGAAAGAGUAUCAAGAUUGUAUGCUAUGUAAAGUAAUUGGAGCUAGUGUAUUAUCCGGAGUUGGCAUGUACAGUUUGUAUCUAGCAAAGAGCAUGAGAAACGUCCCGAGAACUGGCGUACGUAGAACUGUGUUUGGCAUCAUGGGUAUUGGUUUUCUAUCCGUGGGCACGUAUCGGGCUGUAAUGUAA